AACAUAAACAUCAGGCUGUGAAAAGUUCAUUCUGGGGAGGGCGCACGUGUUUUUAGCCUCCUCCCUCCCCUGCCUGGUGGCCCUCGGUUAUGGAGGCAGCAGGGGCCAGCACUGGGAGGAACACUAGAUACAUGAUGGAGGGCGUCGGGGCUAGAGUCAUCAGAGGACCAGACUGGAAGUGGGGAAAACAGGAUGGGGGUGAAGGACAUGUGGGAACUGUUAGAAAUUUUGAAUCUCCAGAGGAGGUGGUAGUUGUUUGGGACAAUGGAACAGCCGCUAACUAUCGCUGUGCUGGUGCCUAUGACCUUCGUGUAUUAGAUUCUGCACCAACAGGAGUGAAGCAUGAAGGCACAAUGUGCGACACUUGUAGACAACAGCCCAUUUUUGGAAUACGAUGGAAAUGUGCAGAAUGUAACAAUUAUGACCUCUGUUCUGUCUGUUACCAUAGUGACAAGCAUAAUCCUAGACAUCGUUUUUAUCGCAUUACCACAAUUGGGUGUGAAAGAGUCUUACUUGAACCACGGCGCAAAAGUAAAAAAAUUGGCAUCCGUGGGAUAUUCCCCGGUGCCAGAGUAGUGAGAGGAGUCGAUUGGCAAUGGGAAGACCAAGACGGAGGAAAUGGUAGAAGAGGUAAAGUCUCUGAGAUUCAGGAUUGGUCUGCAGCUUCACCAAGAUCAGCUGCUUAUGUCAUCUGGGAUAAUGGUGCCAAAAACUUAUACAGGGUUGGCUUUGAAGGAAUGGCUGAUCUAAAAGUAGUAAAUGAUGCAAAGGGUGGCACUGUGUACCGUGACCACCUUCCCAUGCUUGGUGAGCAAAACCCUGGCCGCUCCGGUCCUCAUGGGCUGGCCAUUGGAGACCAAGUAAAUGUUGACCUGGAAUUGGAGAUUGUACAGUCUCUGCAACAUGGACAUGGUGGGUGGACGGAUGGCAUGUUUGAGUGUCUCGGCACCACGGGUACUGUGGUCGGCAUCGACGAAGAUCAUGAUAUUGUUGUUGCUUAUCCUUCUGGAAAUAGGUGGACGUUCAAUCCAGCUGUGUUGACAAAAGUUGGCGGUGGUGUUGUGGUUAGUACUGAUACUAGCACUAGUCAGCAGUUUAGUGUUGGGGACCUUGUGCAGAUAUGUGCUGACUUGGAGAGAAUAAAGAUCCUUCAGCGUGGCCAUGGGGAGUGGGCUGAGGCUAUGGUCCCGACUUUAGGCAAGAUUGGACGAGUACAGCAAAUAUACCAUGACAAUGAUCUCAAAGUUGAAGUUUGUGGCACCUCUUGGACAUACAAUCCUGCAGCAGUUACCAAGGUUGCGUCUGACGGUGCUGUUCCUGGUGCUGCUAGUGGAGAGAGAUUAAGUGCUCUUUUGAAGAAGAUAUUUGAAGCCCAUGUCUCUGGGGAUCUGAAUGAGGAAUUAGUUAAGGCUGCUGCCACAGGAGAUGCACAGAAGGUAGUAUUGAUGGUGCAUUUAUUUUUGUUAUGUAAUUUCAAAUACCCCUGUUACUUUGACAAAGACGGAGACCGUGCUAUCCAUCAUGCUGCCUAUGGUGAUGAGCCUGGUGUUGUUCAGAUCCUGGCCAGUGCUGGUGCAGACUUAAAUGCACGCAGUAAACGACGCCAGACUCCUCUCCAUGUUGCAGUCAACAAGGGGCAUGUUGGUGUUGUGAAGACACUUCUUGAGCUUGGAGGUCAUCCUAGUCUCCAGGACCAUGAGGGUGACACUCCGCUCCAUGAUGCUGUCUCUAAAAAGCGAGAUGAUAUCCUGACUCUUCUACUGGAUCACGCAGCUGACAUCACUCUUACCAACAACAAUGGCUUUAACUCCCUUCAUCAUGCAGCUCUUCGCGGCAAUCCAAGCGCCAUGAGGAUCCUGCUGAGCAAGGUGCCGCGGUCCUGGAUGGUGGACGAGAAGAAGGAUGACGGCUACACGGCUCUCCACCUGGCCGCCCUCAACAACCACGUAGAGGUUGCAGAGCUGCUGGUCCACCAGGGGCGGGCCAAUAUGGACCUUCAGAAUGUGAAUCUACAAACGCCACUUCACCUGGCCGUGGAGCGCCACCACACGCAGAUCGUCAGGCUGUUAGUUCGAGAAGGAGCUAACUUAAAUCUAGCAGACAAGGAUGGAGACACUCCGCUGCACGAGGCCCUGAGGCACCACACACUAUCUCAGCUCAGGCAACUGCAGGACAUGCAAGAUGUUGGAAAGUCACCCCAGUUGCUGAUGGGUUUGGGGACUCAAGGCGUUGACAAGAAGAGUCCGGCCUCCAUUGCCUGUUUGCUGGCUGCUCAUGGUGCCGACCUCAACAUCAAGAACAAGAAAGGACAAACGCCGCUAGACCUCUGUCCGGACCCAAACUUGUGCAAAGCCCUUACCAAGUGCUAUAAGGACAAAUCUAUUUCUGGUGAUAUGGGUGCACUGGAGGUGUGUGCAGAAGAAAGCCUGGAGGAGUGUAUGGUGUGCUCGGAUACGAAGCGGGACACACUGUUCGGUCCCUGUGGCCACAUAGCCACCUGCUCCAUUUGCUCCCCACGGGUUAAGAAGUGCCUCAUGUGUAAGGAACCCGUGCAGUCCAGAACUAAGAUUGAAGAAUGUGUAGUUUGCUCAGACAAACAGGCCACAGUUCUCUUUCAACCUUGUGGACACAUGUGUGCUUGUGAUAACUGUGCUUCCCUGAUGAAGAAGUGCGUACAGUGCCGUGGAGUCAUUGAGAAACAGAUUCCUUUCAUCGUUUGUUGUGGCGGGCAAGUGGUGGGCUCCAACCCGGGUCCAAGUGUGGCCCCCAACAACAGUGCCAGUGAAGGUGGUGGUGGCAGUGGUAGUGGUGGCAGUUUGAUGGAUUCAAUUGCAAAUAACCUUAACUGGGAUCAUAACCUUCCAGCACCAGCAUCCAUUCUUCCUGGUGGUGCCAACAACAGUAGUGGUAGCAGUACUGUUGGCGGUAGUGGUGCUGGUGGUGGUGGUGGUGGUGGUGGUGUUGGCGGUGGCAGCAGCAGCAGUAGCAGCAGCAGCAACAACAACAACAACAACAAUAAUACCGGCAAUGUGGCAUCAGCAGCAGCGUCAACUGCCGGUGUUGUGGUCCCCGGACCGACGGGACCGCUCAUGAAUAAUGGGUCACGGGAUAUGUCAUCCGCAGACUUGCAGAAACUUCAGCAGCAGCUCCAUGAUAUUAAGGAACAGACAAUGUGUCCCGUUUGUCUUGAUCGCUUGAAGAAUAUGAUCUUCCUUUGUGGCCACGGGACAUGUCAGAUGUGUGGAGAUCGCAUGCACGAGUGUCCAAUAUGCCGUAAGCCUGUAGAAAAGCGUAUUUUGGUAUUCUGAGCCUAAGAAUAUUGCUCAUGCAGUUUAAAAUGAAGUUUAAGAGGUGCAUUCCAGGUUUUCUACAUUCAUGAAACAGAAGCAAACAUUCUGAGAGUAAUUGCUAUUAUAUUUAACACCUAAGUCACAUUAUGUCCGACUUACUAAAAGUGCAUUCCCUGUUCUCAGAAAAAAGUGUGUGUGUGUGUGUGUGCUGUGGAUGCAAUGUUUUUUAAAGAACCUGAUGCUUGUGUUUUUUAUCAAAAUGUUUGUUAUAUUUAAGUAGUGAUAAAGUCAUAAAUGUUUUAAUGAAUUAGUAGUAACAGUUUUAAAAGAAAGAUUUCAUUAUCAAUAUUUUUUAAUGAACAAAUUUUACAUCAUAAUGGUUUUUAGACAAUGUAUCAAACUUUAAUAUAUGACUUUAACAUUACAUAAACACCUGAUCUAUUUGGUGGUGCAAAACUAAAUUUAUUUUAUUUCAUAGUCUGUACAGCACAAUCAACUGUUUACAGUUUUUUUACCUGUUCUUUUAAAUUAAAAAUAAUUGUGAUUUUGCAAUAAUUUGGAUUAUAGCCAAAGCAUUUUAACACACUUUGAUUAAUUUAUAUAUCUUAUAUGUACUGUACUUGAAUCCUAUAUGUUGUGAAUUUUAGUUUUAUUUAACAGUUAACGUAAUAUAUUGAAAUGCACGGGUUAUUUCAAAGUGAUUUAAUUCCAACCAUAUGCUGUUGAAUGUGUUUUUAUUGAAUUUAAUCCUGUUUUAGAAAUCACUAUUUUACUCAAUGCUUAAAUUUUGUACGAGUUAUGGAUUGUUAUGUAGCAAUAGAUAAUCAAAAUAUAUAUAUAUAUAUUAUUGUCUUAUUAAUAAUUUGCAAUGAUAACUUCCAUUAUGAGAAAUAAUUGGUUAUUGAAGAAUAUAAAUACUACACUAUGCUGAAUAUGGAUUACAAGAAACAAAAUGCAUCCCCUACCAACUAAUGUUAAAGGAUAUAUACAAUGAGAUAAAUGGGCAGUAGCCCAUUUAAUCUCAUUGAGUGUAAAUGGGCUACUGUAAUGAGAUAAUUAUACCUCUUUUCAGUGUAUAUAUAAUUAAUAAUUCAUUGUGUCUGGGGACAGGCAGCCAGUGUAUAUACAUGUUUGGCUUAUAUUGAUGUCCCCAUAUCGCCCUCGCAAGUUUGAAUUACAUUACUUGCCCUCCCCAGAAUGCAACACCCACAACAAGAUAAAUCUUGGGUACCAAUUUACUGGUAGGUGAAGAAGUGCAUUAGGUGAUAAGAAACACAGCCAAAUAUGUUUGUCCCAUCCAGGAUUCGAACCUGCAAUCACUAAUUUUGUGUCGAGAACAAUCCUGACUGUAUUAUAUAUAGAUUAUGGUAUUUGAGGUCUGGACUAUAUUGAAAACUAAUGUAUACUUACUAGUGGGUUAAUAAGCACCUUGGUGGCCUUAAUAACCUUCCUGUGGUUGAUAUGCUUAAAGCCCAACACUUAAAAAAAAAAUUAUGGUGGAACAGACUUAUAUUGUAGUACUGUACCACAAAUAAAGUCAGUUAAUAAAUGAAUAUAACAAUAAGCAGUGCAUACAUAGUGGAAGUUUUGAUGCAAAUUUUAAUUAUUCCUUGUUUAAUGGUGUGCAUGUCCAGAUAGUCAGUAUGAAUUGUUUUAUCUGUGAUCAAGCCAAAGAAAAAUGUUGCCUGGCUCUGAAGUCAAUGAUAAAACGUUUCCAAAAGAAUGAGAAUAAUUUGGUGCAUUCACAUUAUGAGUGAAAAGAAUGGAUUUUAUAAUUGUGAUUUUUAAAAAUUACUGUUUACAUAAUUUUUGUAAUGAUUAAUCUUCAUUGAAACAGGAAUAUACACCCUUAAAAUGUAGACAACAAUUAAUCUUCAUAAAACUGCAUGACACAGCAGUAAUAUUGUCAAAAAAUAUUACAACAAAUCAAUUUUGACACGUUAAAAAUAACGAUGAAACCAUACUAUAUUGAAAAAUAUAUUAAGUGAUUUGACAUGCAAUGUCCUCUUUUAAAAAGAGGUAGCAGUAUAUACAGAAUGCAAGGAUGCUUUGUAUGUUACGCCUUAACACUGCAGGUUACGACUAUACUGCAUGUGCCAUGCUUUACACUGCAGUUAUGACUACGAUAUGUAUGCCUGACUUGAAAUAGUCCCUGCAUAAAAUUAUAAUGCUUCCAUGAGAAUUGAAUAAUAUAUUUUCCUUUCUUUUAAUAGUGUAAGUUAUAGUACAGUAUAGUCCAAUAAUUACAUUUAAUAUCAUCUGAUCAACAAUAUAGCAGCUAGCAUUAAAUUACCGACACUGAUAAUUAUGCUAUUUUAUUAGUUGGUUUAAUGUCCUUCAUAAUAUAGCAACAUUUUGCAAAUGUUAUGUCUAAUAAACACCUGAACGCUAUUCUUGACAUUUGUUUAUAUGAUAAAAUAUUGUACUUCAUGGAUAUUAAGUUGAGGAUGUUCAUGUUACCAGAUAAAAGAUAAUUUGUUGAUUUUGAGUAACAGCACUACUGAAAUAUUUCAAAUUAAACUUAUUUGACAGCAAAUUAUCUAAUAAUUAUGGGCUCCUAUUAGAAUGUUAUGCAUUGUACUAAGUGACAGAAUGAAGUACAAUUGUCCAAGAGGUUACAAGAAGUAAUGACAGUAUAAUAUUAACUUAUUUAAAUUCAAUUUCCAGAAUACAUGCUUGUAUGCCAUUCAGAGACCAACAUAUGUUUUAUUUAAAGAUAGAUUAUCAGUGAAAUAAAUGUGAAUCAGAAUU